CCAUGAGGAACCCAGUUUAAAAAGACAAUUUCCUUAACUUCUCCCUUCGCUUUACCCCCCACCAUCACUAAAGUCACUUCUUUUAGCCAUGCCACUAAAUUAUGUAGCACCAAAACCCGAAGACAGCAGUGGCAAUACCGUGGAAGGCCUGCCGGAGCCGACGGAGUCUCAUAACGGAACUGUCCUUGCUUUCCCAAUGCAACCCAGUUCUCAACCUCCCAUGAAACUUGCUCCGUUUCCUGUAACUUUGAAGUUUGAGGAGGUUGUGUACAAAAUUAAAUUGGAGCAACAGGAAGGAUUUUGUUUUGGGACGUGGAAAACCCGAGGAAAGACCAUAUUGAAUGGGCUAUCAGGUAUGGUUUAUCCGGGGGAAAUUCUGGCAAUGCUUGGCCCGUCUGGGAGUGGUAAAACCACCCUCCUCACCGCCCUCGGUGGCCGUCUCGGUGGCAAGUUGUCCGGGAAAAUAACGUACAAUAGGCAGCCGUUUUCUGGCGCCAUAAAGCGAAGAACAGGAUUUGUUGCUCAGAAUGAUGUCCUGUACCCGCACUUGACCGUAACCGAGACGCUUAUGUUCACGGCCCUGUUACGGCUGCCCAACAGCCUGACCCGAGACAUGAAAGCGCAGCACGUGGAAAGAGUCAUCGCCGAGCUGGGGCUGAGCCGGUGCCGGAAUAGUAUGAUUGGAGGGCCGCUGUUCAGGGGAAUAUCCGGUGGGGAGAAGAAGCGAGUGAGCAUAGGUCAGGAAAUGUUGAUCAACCCCAGCUUACUAUUACUGGACGAACCCACCUCUGGUCUCGAUUCAACCACCGCUCAACGGAUCCUCACAACCAUCAAACGCCUGGCAGCCGGUGGCCGGACUGUAGUCACCACCAUUCACCAGCCAUCAAGCCGAAUCUAUCACAUGUUUGAUAAGGUAUUGCUGCUCUCCGAAGGCUGCCCCAUCUACUAUGGCCCUGCAUCUUCCGCUCUCGAAUACUUUUCCUCCAUUGGUUUCUCAACAUCCCUCACCAUCAACCCCGCCGAUCUCUUACUCGAUCUCGCCAAUGGAAUUAGUCCUGAUUGCAAAAACUCAGAGCAGGGUGAGGAAACAGAGCAAGAACAGAAAUCAGUGAGGGAAACUCUGCUUUCUGCUUAUGAGAAGAACAUUUCCACAAGACUGAAAGCUGAACUCUGCAAUUCAGAUGUCAAUAACUACAAUUAUACAAAAGACGCAAAUUCAAAAAAUUACAAGACGGAACAGUGGUGCACAAGUUGGUGGCACCAAUUCAAGGUGCUGCUCCAGAGGGGUGUUCGGGAAAGGCGAUUUGAAGCCUUUAACAAGCUAAGAAUUUUCCAAGUUAUCAGCGUUGCUUUCCUCGGCGGCCUCCUCUGGUGGCACACUCCGACUUCUCACGUUGCAGACCGCAUUGCAUUGAUCUUCUUCUUCUCCGUGUUCUGGGGAUUCUACCCACUCUACAAUGCUGUUUUCACAUUUCCUCAAGAAAGAACAAUGCUGAUCAAGGAAAGAUCCUCGGGGAUGUACCGCCUUUCUUCCUAUUUCUUAGCUAGAACAAUUGGAGAUCUUCCCCUGGAACUCGCACUUCCAACUGCUUUUGUCUUCAUUAUAUACUGGAUGGGCGGGCUUAAACCCGAUCCUGUCACCUUCAUCCUCUCCCUCAUCAUCGUCCUCUACAGUGUACUAGUUUCCCAGAGUCUUGGAUUAGCUUUCGGAGCCAUCCUCAUGGACAUAAAACAAGCCACAACAUUAGCUUCCGUCACCACGUUAGUCUUUCUCAUAGCCGGAGGAUACUACGUGCAACAAAUUCCACCAUUUAUUGUCUGGCUGAAGUACUUGAGUUACAGCUACUACUGCUACAAGCUUCUAUUGGGUGUUCAAUACGAUGAAGACGACUACUAUGAGUGCCCAGAGAGGGGACUAUGCAGGGUUGGGGAUUUGCCAGCAAUUAAAUCAAUGGGUCUGAAUCAUUUGUGGGUUGAUGUGUUGAUCAUGGCAAUAAUGUUGGUGGGGUACCGGCUCGUGGCCUAUAUGGCACUGCACCGCGUCCAAUUGAAGUAAAUCAAGAGGCAUCAGGCACCACCCAGAAAACAAGAAAGGGUAGAAUCGAAGAGUUUUUAUCCUUCUUAAUUAACAGAGGAAUCAUUGUUAAGAAAUUUUGAUCCAGUCA